AUACAUCAAGAAAAAAAAAACAAUUUUACAGUUUGAUACUUUUCAGCCAUUUUUCAUUUAUAAUUCUCCUCUUCUCCUUUUGUCUCUCGCUUCUUGUUCUAUACCGCUCCUUGUUUUUGUAACCUAUCUCUUUUCUCGGCUUGUUAAGGAACCCGCUACGGCAACAAUGGCCUCAAGAAUUACUCCCUUUGAUGAUUCUAAGGAGUUUCAUCAGGAUGGUCCUAGUACCGGCCUUCCCCCUCCUCUACUGAUCAUGCCCAUUCAAAUUAUUAGACCAACAUCUGCUGACUUCAACGAAUACUCCGAUGACGCAGAUACCGGUCCAAGUGUUGCUCCAACAAAACUAGAAUCUUGUCAGGAGUUGAAGGAUGGAACCUACACUACAACCACCGACCUUCCUGCUCCGUUAAUGAUCACCCCUCUGCAGAUCAUUAGACCAUCUUGUGCCAUUAAUGACUGCUCCAUUGAUGUGGCUGCUGGCUCAAGUACUGCUCCAGAAAAACGACGACCUGGCCGACCAAAGGGUUCCAAAAAUGCUGGUUCAAGUACUGCUCCAUCUUGUGGCAUUAAUGACUACUCCAUUAAUCCAUCUUGUGGCAUUAAUGACUACUCCAUUGAUGUGGCUGCUGGUUCAAGUACUGCUCCAGAAAAACGACGACCUGGCCGACCAAAGGGUUCCAAAAACAAAAAUCCGACGCCCUCAACGAAGAAGCCAAAAACAGAAGAUCCAAACAGCAGAAAGAUUCCUGACAUUAAAAACUUUGAUUCAGGAAUAACUGAAGGAGAGAAUGAUAACGGAAACCGUGCAUUAGUGGAGUCAGUUCUGAUGAGGUUUGACGCGGUAAGAAGAAAAUUUUGCCAAGAGAAACUCGGAAAAGGCAUCCUUACAACCGCUGACGCUAAUUGCAGGACUAUGAAGGUCCGGACUAACAUGACAAAGAGGAUUGGUCCAGUUCCUGGAGUACAUAUAGGUGAUAUUUUCUACUAUUGGGGCGAAAUGUGUUUAGUUGGGCUUCACACAAAAACCGUCGCUGGCAUUGACUAUAUGACAACGGCAGCAGAAGAUGGCUCAAAGGAACGUCUUGCAAUAAGUGUGGUGACAUCAUCACGACUGUACGAUAACCAAACGGAGGAUCUUCAAUGGUUGAUAUACUCCGGACAUGGCGGAAAGAAGAGUUUACCUCGUGAUCAAAAAUUGAACAAGGGGAACGAGGCACUAGAAACAAGUAGAAUAAAAGAGACGGACGUUAGAGUCAUCCGAGGCAAAGCCGACCCCUGUGAUAAUGGUAAAAAGAUAUAUAUCUACGAUGGACUUUAUCGAGUUUCUGAGACAUCUGAAGUGACAGCAGAAACUGGUUGUAUGGAGUACAGGUUUAGAAUGGAGAGGAAACCAGACCAACCUAAUUCUGGUUAUGCAAACUGGAAAUUAGCUGAAGAUUUGAGAACUCGUGGCAUGAGUACAUUGAGGCAGCAUGGUUUCGUAAACCAAGAUAUGUCUUUGGGAAAAGAGCUUUUACGGGUCCCGCUGUUUAACGAUGUCGAUGAAGAUGACAACGCGAUGCCUGAAGACUUUGUUUACAUCACAUCUCAGGACUACUCAAGUAUGGUGACCAAUAUCCAUAUCGAUGGCCAAGAACUUGAACUUGGAUGCCAGAAUUGUCAAGGUCAGUCAUGUAUUGAUAACUUAAGCUGCAUGUGCAUGCAAAAAAAUGGUGGCAAAUCACCAUACCAUAACUCCAUUUUGGUUUGUCGUAAACCAAUGAUUUACGAGUGUGGUGAAUCUUGUCCCUGCCCCAACGACUGCAAAAACCGAUUGGUUCAAACCGGUUUGAAGCUCCACAUGGAAGUGUUCAAGACAACAAAUUGUGGUUGGGGCUUACGUUCUUGGGAUCCAAUCCGAGCCGGAACCUUUAUAUGCGAGUUUGCUGGUGUGAGGAAGACAAAAGAAGAAGUAGAAGACGGCGACAACUAUUUGUUUGACUCAUCUCGGGUUUACGAAAAGUUCAGAUGGAACUACGAACCUGAGCUAGUGCGUGAGGAUGUAUCGGAAAGGGUCCCUGAGGUUUAUAAUCUGCCGACGCAAGUCUUGAUAAGUGCAAAGGAGAAAGGAAACGUUGCUCGGUUCAUGAAUCACAGCUGCUCGCCAAAUGUCUUCUGGCAACCUAUUGAAUUUGAAAACAAGGUUGGUAGAUAUGUUCGCAUAGGGCUUUUUGCAAUGAAGCAUAUCCCUCCAAUGACUGAGUUGACAUAUGACUAUGGAGUUUCAUCUACUGAGCGUAUUGGAGAAGAUGGGAUGCUUUACAGAGGCAGUCAGAUUUGUCUCUGUGGUUCAGACAAGUGUCGUGGCUCUUUUGCCUGAUUUGUAC